CAGCAGGUGAAGAGUUUGAGCACCUCAAGAGGGAAGUGGGUUUAUUUUCUGACAUCCAGAGAGAAAUAUGCUUGGUUUCCCGGCAGGUUUCAUCCAAAUCUUCCUUCUCUGCCAGCUUGCAGGGCCAGCAGCCUCUGGAGCCAUGAAGAAGCUGGUUGGUGCCCUUGGAGGGUCUGUGACUUUCCCUCUGAAUUUCUCAGUAGGUUCGAUUGACAGUAUUGUCUGGAUCUUCAACACAACCACUCUCGUCACCGUUGAACCAAAAACGGCAGACAAAAAAGCCAUUAUCAUAGUCACCCAACAACGUAACAAGGAAAGGGUGAAUUUUCCAAAUGAAAACUACUCCCUGAAGCUCAGCAAACUGAAGAAGAAUGACUCAGGUGCCUACCGUGCAGAGAUACACAGCUCAUCCAUCCAGAGUCCCCUCAUCCAGGACUAUGAGUUACGUGUCUAUGAGCAACUGUCAAAGCCAAAAGUCACCAUAGAUCUGCAGAACAGUACAAAUGGCACCUGUAUAACCAAUCUGACAUGCUCCAUGGAACAGGGAGGAGAAGAUGUAACUUACAGCUGGAAGUCCCUGGGGCAGACAACCAAUGAGUCCCACAGUGGCUCCGUCCUUCCCAUAUCCUGGAGGGGGGAGAAAAGGGACAUGACCUUCAUCUGCAUGGCCAGGAACCCGAUCAGCAGCAACUCUUCAACCCCUAUCUUUGUGUGGAAGCUCUGUGAAGGUGCUGCUGGUGGCCUGGCUUCCUCUGUGAUCUUCAGCCUCCUGUUGUUUUUCAUCCCGCUCUGUUUCCUUGCACUGAUGCUGAUUAUUUUGAUCUUACGAAGAGAAAGAAAAGAGUUCAUUGAAGAAAGGGAAAUAGACCCUCGUCUGGAAAUUCUUAACUACUACUCACCUUCUGGAGAGACCUUGGAGUAUGACACAAUCCCUGAUCUUAAUAAUACUAUUCCAGAGGAAAAUCCAGUAAAUUCAAUUUAUUCCACUGUGCAAAUAUCCACAAAUAUGGAGAAACCUUACUCACUACCAAAGUCACCAGAUACACCGAAGCUAUUUACUUAUGAGAAUGUCAUCUAAACAGCCAUGUGCUCCCUCAUGUCUUGCCCCAAAAAGGAUGCUCAGAAAAAGUCACUGACUUGACCAGAUUCAUCAAAGAAGAAUGAAGAAGGCUGACAUCCUUCCAGAGUAAGCUAUCUUUUAUGCUCCUUCAGGAUUUAGGAUUUGAGUUCCUAAUCCUACUCACUGCCUCAAACCCUGGGUCCCUCCCUGGAAAUGUGGUUGUGAAUCCAUCAGCCAACCCCAAGCCAGGAGCUCAGAAGCGGCUCUGUUGAAAUGCAAACUCAAUUUCAUAUACAUGAAUGACAGCUCCCACGCCAGGGCUCGGAGAUGAGGAAUAUCCAAGGGUCUGGUUGCCAAGAGGGCAAGAACUCCAGAGCGGCUGACAUUGCCAGAAGCAGAAGACAGCAAUGAGAAAUGGAUUUAUUUACUGACUCAUCAGCUAUGUGCCUGGCACUGUGCGGAGCUCACAGUGAUUUGGGUCAGACAUGCUCUUUGCCUUCCUGAAAUUGGUCUUCCAUGAACUGCUUCCAUAGGCAGUGGCAGCAGGCCUGACCACAGAGUCCUGACACCCAGGGGGUCAGUUGUGGAUCCACAGGACUUGAGAGACAAAGUGCACAAGGACAGAGAAGCCAGGUAGAAGACUGGGUUUGGCUGACUGGAAAGGUAGAAGUGUGCCUGGCCCUCGCUUCAUUUACACUUUGUGCUGCAAGUGAGAAGCCCAGGCCUUAGGGCUGUACAGGAGCUCAUCUUGUGAAGGAAAAGUCUGGCUGGGCUAACAAGAUAAUGCACAAGUCUAAGAAUGUGAAAGAAAAGUUGGGCUGGGCUAACAAGAUAACUCACAAAUCUAAGUAUUGGAAUACUGAUCUGAGUUCUGCUGGACUAACUC